AGUCCGUCUGUUUCCCAGGAUUCCCAUCUGCACUGACUGUCAGGACCCUGCAGCCGAGCUGUCAAAGCAGAGAGGAGCGAUCAAUCUCACUAGUAUUACUGUUAUUAGUAUAGUAACAUUUUUAGUAAUUGUAAAAAAAUCCAGGAACAACAGCUGUUUUCAACAUUAAACGGAAACCGCCUUCCCCGCACCUCUUACAUAUAAUAACCUUCUACAGUACUAUGAACCGAAGACUAACGAGGUUGUGUCUUCAUGACGGCCCCAGUGGACCAUGUCACUGAUCCUGUUUGCCUUUGUGGUGCGGGUGAGGGAUGGGCUCCCGCUGUCAGCCUCCACAGAUUUUGAACACAACAAGGAGUUACAAGAGCGCAAACAGCAGCUGAAGACUGUAUCUAAAGCUUUAUCAUUGCUUCCAGAAAGAGGCACGGUGAAAGGGAAGGAUCUUAACAUAUACUUCAUCUCCUCAGAGGGUGUUUCCUACAUGACAAUCUGCUCCAGUAGCUUCUCAGCCGCCAUGGCUUUUUGCUUCUUGGAGGAUCUCAGAUGGGAGUUCAGAGCUUCGUAUGACAACACCAGCAUUGGCUUGGUCUCCAGACCCUAUCCAUUUCUGGAGUUUGACAGUGUUAUUCAGAAGAUUAAACAUCAUUACAGCUACAGCAGCUUCCCCUCACUGAGAAUGAACCUGGCAGCAGUUGAAGAGGAGCUCAGGGUGAGACCUUCCAAGAUCCUGACAGCGGAGGACAUGGUGAUGCGCAAUGGGACAGCUAAUGGGCAUGCACAGCCUGUCUCAGGGACUGCUGCAAGUGAAAGAAUGGAGCCGGUGACAGGCCUGGGGAUCCUCUCUCUGCUUCUCAACAUCAUGUGUGCAUCGCUGAACCUCAUCCGAGGGGUUCACCUCAUUGAAUACACUCUCCAGGAUGGCAAUGAAGGGAUCUGGAAUGUAGUCGCAUUCCUUUUAGCUUUUUUCUGCUGUUUGUGGCAGUGCUACUUGUAUUUGUUCUUCACCUCAGUAAAGAAGCUGCAGUCCUUCCUGGCACUGGCCUUUGUGUUUCUGUGCAAUAUCUAUUUAUACGGACUAAGAAAUAUUUGGCAAUUACUCUUCCACACAGCAGUGGCAUCUCUUUCUACAUGUCAGAUUUCUACAAGAAAACUUCAAGAGAAGCUUGACGACUGUGGAGUGUGAAAACUGAAAGAAAUCCCAGUGGCUAUAAACUAAUUCAUACUGAUUCAUGAGCUGGAUUACAGAGGUGAAUUCAGCCAACACUGAGACUUUUAUAACCAAUCUGUAUUGCAGUCAGUAUAGACUAAUUCAUACUGAUUCAUGAGCUGGAUUACAGAGGUGAAUUCAGACAACACUGAGACUUUUAUAACCAAUCUGUAUUGCAGUCAGUAUAGACUAAUUCAUACUGAUUCAUGAGCUGGAUUACAGAGGUGAAUUCAGCCAACACUGAGACUUUUAUAACCAAUCUGUAUUGCAGUCAGUAUAGACUGAUUCAUACUGAUUCAUGAGCUGGAUUACAGAGGUGAAUUCAGUCAACACUGAGACUUUUGUAACCAAUCUGUAUUGCAGUCAGUAUAGACUGAUUCAUACUGAUUCAUGAGCUGGAUUACAGAGGUGAAUUCAGACAACACUGAGACUUUUAUAACCAAUCUGUAUUGCAGUCAGUAUAGACUGAUUCAUACUGAUUCAUGAGAUGGAUUACAGAGGUGAAUUCAGUCAACACUGAGACUUUUAUAACCAAUCUGCAGCGCCUUUUUUACUGGCAAUGAAGCACAUGCAGUGUUUUCUUAGUGUUCUUGUUUGUGUUCUUGUCUCUCCAUGCAGUUCCGUUUUGUUUUCUGAAAUGCACUUCUUUUCUGAUCUGUAUCCAGCAUGAUUUGCACUGCAUUGGUUUAAAAUGCUCACAGUCCGAUUCUGGGGCUGCUACCAUUGCACUGACUGAAACCUCAUGCUUUAUAUUGUAUGCUGCAAAAAACAACCUUCUAAUUCUACAUGUAAGCCAGUGCAUGAAAGGAAGGAAGAAGUGUUUAGAAUGAAGUCGAAGGUAUGUACGAGUCUGGAGGUGUGUCCGGGCAUUGCACCAGGACCACUGCUUUGAGCUCUUACAAUAUCACAUGUAAACGAAUUACAGAGAAUGCUACAGUAUUCAAAUGUAGUAGAGAUGUAUGUGCUGGAGAGAUAGCAUGCUGUCUUGUAUUGGCAGCAUUUUUCAAAGUCGUUAUGAAGUAGCUAAUUACUGUAUAAAUCAACCUCACAGGUAAGAUAUGGGCUAAUUACAGUGCAUCAGACCGGUCAUCUAGAAGUAAUAAUCAAUUACUGUAGGUUAACAAAAUGAUUCAGUAUUGUGCCUAGUGAUAGUACCACCAGCCCCCGUCCCACACAG